AUGGAACGCCGGGAAAAUCCAUUGAUGGAAGAAUAUGCUUCCUCCAACCCUUACAUUACUGACAACGGUGUGCCAACAAUGCCCCUCGACGGCUUCGUCGCCGAUGGCUUCCGUCCCGGCAGCGGCCCGCGCCUCCCCAUGGUCGUCGUGAACCCCUAUAUCACUGCCACAACAGAGACAACUGCAGACAUGGCUGUAACAGACGGAUACUUCAACGGGCGCCCACAUCAGCAACUCCCCGUCGUGCAUCUUCCCGACGAGGAUCCAGUAAAAACAGCGAUGCCAGAGCCAACACCACGGGAUCACACAACUGAAAACGACGAGACGCAAGUGGCUUCUCCAAGGCCGUCGCAAGAUGAUGAUAGACAAACUGUUUAUUCCCGGGUUAGUUUCGGAUCCGAAAGGAGUACGCUACCGCCGUCUUAUACUUCGCGACCGAUGUCGAGGAGAGUUUCUUAUGAAGAGGAAGAUAGAGAUGGUGAAUCUGGGCAUGGACAGGCCACUGAGAUUAGGCCGUUGAUUAUGGGAGAGUGUUUGUGCAGGCAUCCGCAGUGUAUCAGCUGUGUAGCAAAUGGAACGGCAUAUAGGGAUCGGGAAGAGCGUUCUUCUUGGAGAAAGAGGUUAAGAUGCGCGAGGGGUUGCACAAGAGGGGGGGUAGCAAAGAGGAGAUCGAGGAAGUUUAGAUUCUGCUGUGCUUCGAUCUUCUUCUUGAUAUUCACUUGGGUAUUGUUUGGUGGACUGAUGUGGAGGGAUGCGUCGAAUCGGUUGAAGCAGAGCAUGGAGUACAUGUCGUCGAGUUCACAAUGCGGGGAUAUGCUACCAGGGCUUUAUGACGAAUCGUUUACAGUACCGAUCAACAACUCUCUCUCAUCAUUCUCACUACGUCAGUCAGUCGUAUACGAUACGCCGAAAGAUCAUUUUUCGACCCGCAUAAACGUCGGUGGAACUGUCUAUCUUGAACAUGCUUCAAAAGAUGAACCAUUUGAGAGCGACGAUGCUAAAGUUACAGUCAAAUACAUGGUUUCUGAUGAGACUGUUCUCCGGGAUAUUGAUAUUAGAAUGACUGGGAAUGGAGUUGUUAUUCACACGAAUGCAUAUACGACUCAACCCGCCGAAGAUCAGAGAGAAGUCUGCGUGGACUUCGUGGUCACCGUCAAGUUCCCUAAACAUGCGUCUACCACCGAACUCGAACACCUUCUUAUCGACACCGAACAUCUUUCUAUCGUGAUGCGACCUUCUCUUUCCCUCAAAGUUCACGACAAAGCAUUAUUGAACUCUAUUACUGGAAUGGUCUGGUCAGGAGCCAGGCAGCAAACUAAAAUCCAGGAUGAUGAGAAAUUGAGGAGUGCAAACUUUGGCUUGCAAGCUCGGCAUUUGCUGGUCGGCACGACGACUGGCAAUAUUCUUGGAGUUUGGGGUUUGGCGGAUUCAGCUUCGUUCGAGACCAAGUCUGGAAAUAUCGAUAUUGGCGUCAACUCUGUCACAUCGUUCUCAAACAUGUCUCCUCAAACCGACUUCACUGUUAAUUCAGUCUCCGGGGAUGUCGCGAUACACUCUGUAUCCACCGACGGCGCACUCCACCCAUUCCACAAAGACCUCAAAAAGUACAAUACCGUCAUUAGAACCAUCAGCGGUAAUAUCAUCGGCCAAUACCUCCUCGGCUCUUCGCUGUCCGUCCAAUCUAUCAGCGGCGACAUCAGAGCCGAUAUUCUCCCCAUCUCGCCCACCGGCGCCGGUAGCUCUCUCGAAGAAAGUAUCACAUUGGAUACGGACACAAAGAGCGGCAGAACUCAUAUGAGCUUCUUGGAAGCCACCGAUGCAAAGAUUCUCACUGAGCCGCAAACCCUUCUCAGGAACCGAGCCGUUCAAACAGUUCUCAGCUGGAUCGAAGACAAGCAGCGCAAAAUCUGGCAGGUGAUCCAGAAGCAUUGCUCAGAUCACGACGAAAAGUCCCAUACUCACGGCGAUGUCAAAGCUAGCCAUGCCGGCCAUGCCGAAAUUUCUCACCCAGAUCCUGACGUUGCGGCUCUGUAUGUCGACCCACAAGACAUGGGUCUUGCGAAUUUAUCGUUUUUCAAGGCUAUGCAUACCACUGUUUCUGGAGAAGUGUUUGUUCACUAUUCUGCUGCUUUCGAAGGAAGGGUCAAAGCUUCCAGUUUGACGGGGGAUAUCGAAGUCGCUGGUGAAAAUGUUAAAAUUAUCAGGAACUCCAGAAAUGGACCCGUUGGUAAGAUUGUGGAGGCGGUGCACGGAAAUAGCGAAGACGGUUUCGUGGAAAGCAAGACCAUUAGUGGUGAUAUCAAAAUUUGCAUUGGAGAUGCUAGAUGGUAA